AUGGCUCCCACUCAAGCCUACUCGUACUACCCAUCCUAUCCCUCUUAUCCCUCUUAUCCCUCAUACCCAUCCGCCUCUGUCCCGAUUGGUAUGCCCACAAAGCCGGGCCACUAUCAGCCAAAUCCUCAUCACGGUGCCUAUGGCCGAGUGUCCGCUUCACCGCCCGAAGCUCCUGCGAGCGUCACGACAUCCGGGGUUGCUUCUUAUGAGCCGUCCGCAACGUCUAGCAACUAUGCAGGCAGCGCAAGCGACUAUGAGACGUCGUCGAAUGGCUCCAGCGUCGAUCUGCUCGACUACAUGAGCGACCGGCUCCAUGGCUCUUUGGAUCCGACGCCGCUUGACCGCGGCCUCGCUCGCCAGGCGCAGACUUCCGGCGAGCUCAACGCCAAAACGCGCGAACUCCUCGAACUGCAAGCGCUCGCCCAGCGCCGCCUCGCCGCCACACGAGCGAACUUCGCCGGCGGUAUCAAAGCCGCAAAGGAGGUUCAGCGAGACCUCGAGUGGACCCAAAAGCGCGUGACAGCGAUCAACCAGCGAGCCGCCCGCAAAUAUCCUGAACAAUACAAGAUCGCUUCGCAGCGGUAUCCUGCGCCGGUUGACUACUGA